AUGGCACCAGCGGUCGCGGGUCCUGGCGAUGGCAUUAUCGAACGCCUUGUUGCGGCGGAUACUGUGAGGUGGUGGAAUAAGCCGAAUCUUCGACGGCUUUAUCUGUUGCUUGUUCCGUUUUGUCUGUUUAUUGAGUCAACGUCUGGGUUUGAUAGCUCGAUGAUGAACGGCAUGCAGGCGUUGAAUUACUGGCAAGAGUACUUUGGCCAUCCCAAGGGAGGUCAGCUUGGGUUGCUGGUUGCUUGCUACAAUCUGGGCGCUAUUACUAGUAUCCCGUUUGUGGCAAUUGUGUCUGAUCAUCUGGGGAGACGUAAGAGUAUUGUGUUGGGCUCUACUAUUAUGAUCAUUGGGGCGAUUAUGCAGGGGCUGUCUCAAAACUUGGCCAUGUUCAUUUUCAGCCGCAUCUUUCUCGGUCACGGCAUCGUAUACGCCAUCAUAUCGGGGGCUGCCCUUCUCGGCGAACUGGGCCAUCCAAAAGAGCGUGCCUUCCUCGGCAGUAUGUUCAACGCUUUCUUUGGAGUAGGCUCCGUCCUUGGUGCAGGAAUCGUAGUGCGCACACUACUUAUUCCAAGUGACUGGUCUUGGCGCCUACCAUCGAUCCUCCAGGCAAUACCGUCUGUAAUUCAGAUCGUGUUUGCUCUUACGGUGCCAGAGAGUCCCAGGUGGCUUGUUUCAAAGGACAGGAGUGAAGAGGCUCUCGAGAUCUUGAUCAAGUAUCAUGCUGAGGGUGAUGCAUCUGCUGAGCUACCUCACAUUGAGAUCGCUGAGAUUCGUAAAGCGCUGGAAUUAGAAAAUGAGUCUCGUCAAAGAGGCUGGGCUGAGCUCUUCCAGUCUAAAGGCAUGCGACACCGCGCUGUUGUAGCUGCUGGACUUGGUAUCUUUGUGCAGUACAGCGGCAACAAUCUCAUCAGCCAGUACCUCGUACCGAUCCUCAAGAAGAUUGGCAUCGAAGACAGUCACACACAGGUACGCUACAACGUUGGCUCCGAAGCUUGGGGCUUCCUCAUGGCACUCGUCAUGGCCAGUGUUUCGCCUCGCUUCCCGCGACGAAGGAUGUACCUCUUAUGCGCGAGCUGUCUCUUAUGCGUAUACACUGCGUGGACUAUUGCACAGGCUCGGAACCGCAUGACUGGAUCUAAAGAGACUGGUUACGCAGUUCUUGUCAUGAUCUUCUCUACAGCCCGCAUACACAUCGCUACACGCCUGACUACGUCUACAUGGUCGAGCUAUCCAUACUACGUCCGCCACCAAGGGCCUUUCAUGGUUUCAACUCUUCAACAGAUGCUCCGUCAUGCUUGGGACCUUGACUGGAAGUUCCUAUUUGUGUACAUUGCCUUGCUAUCUUUUGAGAUUGUGUUCAUUUACUUUCUGUUUCCGGAAACAUACGGCAAGACAUUGGAGGAGCUCACAUUCCUGUUUGAAAGCGAGAAGCAGGAUCGCGAAGCGCUUGCUGUGACUACGGCCAAGAUAUUGGGGCAGGAUGGCAACGUUACCGAGAUUCACGAGGCGCCAGAGAAGAAGGCUUAG